UAAUGCUACUGUAGAAGAAAGUGAGAUGCUGUAGCUGCUUUAUUUUCUUUUCCAAAAAUGGCUAUCAUAAUGGGAUUCUGUGGUGCUCACACCCCUUGCUACUUAAUUCAAAUCCAAAAGAGUAUUUCCAGUUAAAUAACAGCAACACAGUCAAUCUAGUCAGCCUCCCUUAUAUAUACACUUAUCAUGGUUUGCCAACUUUCCACAAACUCACCCUUUCUAUUAGCCUUUUUUCACUUGAAAAAAAAAAAAUCUUUGAAAUCCCUUCUCCCCCAUCUUUCUUGUAUGAACACUAAGCUCGAACCCGACCGGGUAACAAAAAUGUCGAUGCCCGUAACCAUCCUGACUCUGCCUCCCAAACACGCUUCCGAAAUCACCAAAAACAAAACUAGCAGUGCAGCCUCAUUCACUCAAGACCUCACCGCCACACAUGAUCGGAUCUUCCUUGGCAAGAAAACGUCGCCAGACAAAGAAAUCGACGUCUUCGAUGCUCGGAAAUACUUUGACGAGGGUCUGCACGACACUCCCAAGAUCUGCGCCAAGAACCAUCAAGAUCACCUCCAUCAGCAGCAGCUCAACAAAGAUGUUGUCCAAACUGCAGUGAAGGAGCAUCCGCCCCCGACUGCAGCGCUCAGCAUACGCUCCCAGUCGAGCUGGAACAGCCGGAGCUCCCUGCUCCGCACUGCCCCAGGAAGCCAGCAGCAGCUGAGCAAGGCAAGCAAGAAGAGCUUCCUUUCCAGCAUUGGCUGCAACUGCUCCUGCUUGACCACCAGCAUCAUCAGUGGCAGAUCAAAAUCAGGAAACAAAACCAAUAAUGAUCUCUUCACCAAGAGAGAGAAACAGGAGAUCGAGAGGAGAUCUCAGAAACAAGUGUUUGGCUCCCCAAUCCACAUAAAAGGGAACAACUGCUUCAACUUGGACACCGUGGUUACAUGGGAUGCAAUCACUCCAUUCUCAGCAGCUGAAGAGCUCAAAAUCCCUUCAAUAUCAAGUGAAAUGCACAACGACUGUGACAGCGAUGCAAGCUCCGAUCUGUUUGAAAUCGAGAGCUUGUGCAUAGACAACCCUUUUGAUCCCACAACAUGCUAUGCUCCAAGUGAGGCCAGCAUAGAGUGGAGUGUUGUCACUGCCAGCGCUGCAGAUUUCUCCCUCCUUUCGGAUUCAGACGACAUAUCCUCCACCAUCCAAAAGCCGCAUGCCAAGAAAACUGCUCCAUCCAAAGAAAUGCCAAAGAUUCGACCUAGUAUACUCUCAGGCUGCAAGAGCCAGAAAGCUGUUAAUGUUGCCGGAGAUGCACAGACGAAGAGGCGGCCCCUCACACCGAUGACACGGUUCCACGACGAGAGCAAGCUCAGCUUUGAUGGAAAGAGCAGGCAGAACUCACUUGAUCACCGUGUCAUGUCUCAAUCAAGAUCUGCAACUUCUGCACAUCUCUUGUGUACUUAGUCAAGUUUUUUUCCUGUUAAUAUUUUUACCAAGUUAGUUAUUUUUAGCAAGACCAUAUCACAUAUGUAUAAGUAGCUCAUUAGUAAAUAAAUAUUAUCAUUAUUGUAA